UACAACUCAAUAGGCAUAACUAUCUCUAUACACUAAUUAAGGACAAAUUAUGACUUCACAAUUAUUCCGACCAGCGUGUGAACCUAGAAGUCUUUAAUCUACUUCUAUUUUAACUAAUAAUCCUGUUUUUACCAAUAUUUUCACGACAGCGUCACAAUAUGGCGCGCCUUUCAAACCGCCGGCAACACUUUUACGCAUGCUCCCUGGCGUCGUAGUUGCGGAAGUGAAAAGUCUACGUGGGGAAGAAAGGUUGGUCUGACCGUGUUUGAAAACCUUACACACCAACAGCACCGAUGUCCAAUCCAGGUUAGCUCUGUCUCCCGUCGAACCAGCCUGCCUGUCCCCCCUUCACACACUCACACACACAUAAACACACCCUCCCCGUCAGGCAAAUGGACGCGUUGGGCGUAUAAAUGGGACGGAGAGCCGACGACAGCCUGUAAUGCUGCGCCGGGUGCGGCAGUCUCUCCGGCAGGUGCUGUAUCUGAUGGCCCGGAGACCGGCUCUCCUCUGCGGGGCUAUCGUGCUCAGCGUCCUGCUCAUACUGGCCGUCAAGUUCACAUGCAGCCGUGCUAAGAAUGUGGUGGCAGCAGCUCGGCCUCCGCUGCGGUUCUUCUCUGCCGAGGCCCCGGUAGUCGACCUCUACUUGGGUCAGCUGGAUCAGGUGGAGCGUCUCAGGAGCAUGGCCGAGGUGUCUCUCAUUUUCUUCUACGCACCCUGGUGUGCUCACUCCAUGGCCGCCCGGCAGGAAGUGCAGCUGGUAGCGAAGAAGCUGGCCAAACAGGUGCAGUUUGUGGCAGUUAACUGCUGGUGGAGUCAGGGGAAAUGCAGGAAGCAUAACCGCUUCUACCAGUACCCGAUCGUCCAUCUGUUCUACAGGAGGUUCGGGCCUAUAGAGUACAGAGGUCCAUUUGUGGCUCCGUAUGUGGAAAGUUUUAUCCUCAGAGUCAUCACACCGCUGACUUACCUCCCAUCAAGAGCCACGCUCGAGGAGUUCCUCUCCUAUCACGAGCCUCGAGUGGUGGGUUUCUUCCAGUUUAACUCUUCUCCUCAGCCGCCAGGAUAUAUCACAUUUCUGUCCUCUGCCCUGCAGGCUCUAAAAAGGGACUUCCGUGGCGUGGUGCGUUUCGGGGUGGUGACCAACAGACAGGUGGCAGAGGCCAUCUCACUUAAAGAAGAUGGAACCGUUUACCUCCACAGAAGAUUUAACUCCUCUUUGAUUUUCCCUCGAAGGGAGCGUAACUUCACAUCAGAGGCCAUCUGUAGCUGGGUGUUUGAACACCGCGAGACCGUCCUCCAGUGGCUGCAGCCCCCAGAAACAAAGUCUCGCCUCCUGGAACAGGAGCUGACGAAAGGACCCGCACUGCUGCUGUUCCUGCCGCACAAUCCGCUCGCACACAAGCCCAACCCCGUACUGCAGGAGGUUGCAGACAUCGCUCUACGUUAUCAUUCCUGUGACGAUAAAUACCACUCCAGCCUGGACGAAAGCUUCACCUCCCACUCGCCGUGCUGCCAGUCGGUCGUUCUCCCAGAGUCCCGUACGAGCGUGUGCGAGGUGUGCCUCAGCUUGUCACCGCGGGGCUCGACCGGCUCCUCAACACGCUGCUCGUUCCCCUCCGCCGCUCAGGGAGGAGACGCGCUGCAGUCUUAUCUUAGACACUGCUGCCUACACCACCUACCUGCCGCCAUGUCCGUAAAAACCGCAACCUCAGUGGGCUGUAGCAACUUUCUUAACAGCUACAGCCCGUUCAUUCAGUACAGUGCCUGCUGCAGAAAAGUAGAACCUCAACUCAACAACGAAUCGUCUUCACAAGCCAAAGAGGGGCCGGACAUUCAAAGAGUUCCCCUUCCUCCUCCUCCUCCUUCCUCCAUCCCUCCAUCGUCUGCCCCUCGGCAGGAGGGAGACGGCAUUACGGGGCUCCGGUGUCAGACCAAUAGGACGCUCAGGUUCUACGUGCUUGAUGUUGCUCUGAACUGGCCUCUGGCGGUGAGGCUCGGGGCAUCGGGCAACAGAAGCACUCCUCGUCACCAGGAGACCGGCGCGCACGCUGAUGGGAGCGGUGACGGCUCGUUCGCAACUAUUGUGAACCUGAAGGACGAGGUUCAUUAUGUUCUCCACCGCAGCCCAGCAACCACACUGACAGAGUCUCUGGAGGCCUUCAUCAGGAACUUCAGCGCUCCGUACAGCCUCUUGCAGAGACACUUGGUGGGAGAGGAGGACAAGAAAGGAGGCGGAGGGGAAGCCAGACGUCCAGACCAACACCAGCCGUCACCUCCGCGCCCCCUCAUCACAGAACUGACCACUUCCUCCUUCCUGCCGUCCGUCAUGGACAUUCAAAGGGAUGUGCUGCUGUUCUACUACACUCAGUGGUGCGGCUUCUGCUCAGUUCUCAACCACAUCAUCAUCCAGUUGGCCAGAUUACUACAGGGAAACAGCACCAUCACUGUGGCGAGGGUGAAUGUUGCACGUAAUGACCUUCCAUGGGAGUUCAUGGUGGAUCAUGUCCCCACUAUUCUUCUCUUCCCCAGAUACAGAAAACACCUCAGCGUGAAGUUUCCAGACGACCUGCCCAUCACGUUACCCAACCUCCUACACUUCAUCCUGCAGCACUGUGGUUCUCCGCACUACACCGACAAACCAGUGACAUCCUCAGACCAGGCAGACGGACCAGGAGCCAGCAACGUCCUGCGUGCAGAGUUUCUGGUUCUCCAGCGAGAGGUUCAGACGCUCCAUCACGCCCGCGAGCGCCUUUCCCAACAGCUGGCGCAGCUGUGGCGCGAGAACCGCCGACUGACAUUUUACGCUCACAGCUUAGGGGCCCAGAACACAGAGCUGCAGCGAGAAAGGCACAGCUUAGAGGAACAGCACCGGGAGAAAAGCCGUCAGCUCGGGGAGGCAGUGAGACGGCUGCAGGAGCUGGCGGACACCUCCGAAAGCCUGCUGAACGAAAACACGCUGCUCAGGAUCCUGCUGAAGGCGCUGAAAGACAGGACGGAGGCGGAGGUGGAGAGAAAAGAGGCAGAACAGAAAAGAAGCCACAUGGCCUCCUGAACAUCAGUAAGCAGGGAAUCCUGAGAGUGACGCAGGAGAAGAGAAAAGAGCGAGGAAAGAGCGGAGGCUGGAGGACCAGGAAACAAAAGGGAGGACUGACAAGGAAGAGGAAAAAAAGCUGCGAUUAGACCUGAGAUGUGGAGAAACAGGAGGGAAUUUUGAGGAAGCUGAAGCGAGGAGGACAUGGAAAACCCACAGGGCAACAUGACCCACUACAUUUUGUCGUAGCAAAGAGAAAAUGUGGACGAAACAGCAGGUAUGACGAAAAAACUGCUGUUAAGUCAGGACAGAAGUGAGGAAACAAAAGAAAAAAAGGUGGAUAAGUAGAGAGUGAAACAGCAGUGUUUCUCUGAGAUAAGGAACGCUUUGAUGAUAGUGGGCUUAUCCACACAUAGGAACAACACUAGUAUGGGAAAUCAGUGCCAAAUGCGCGAUUGAAAAUACUCUGUUCUGAUGCUGAGCUUGCAAAAAUGUAAUUUCUGUUUAACGGUGAAGGAGAAUCCUGAAACUUAGGACACCGACCCUGCAGCCAAAUUCUCUCCCAUCCCUGACGUAUUUUACUAACCUGCUGCCCUACAAGCUGUGAGUCAGUAACGAUGUCUUCUCUGCGGUUUUACAUCGAUGCACAGUAGAAGGCGGGUGUGUUAAUAAAGGUCGGGUGAUGUAGAAUUUGGCUGCAGGAAGCGAGGGCUACUAAUGAAGCUGAGACUUGUUGAAUACUGAAGACGUGCUCGCUGAUCUGUAGGGGAGCCUUCGAGCACUUGAAAUAAUCAGCAAGAAUUUUCUUUUUUUUUUUGAAGGGGAUAUAGUUGUUUUGUUAAACUGAUCUAUUUUUACAGGAAUCCUUGAAUCACUAAAAUAUUAUUUCUAUGUAACUAUUCAGGUAUUAAGAAUGAGAUGCUGCAAUUGUUUACAUGUGAAAUAUUGCACCGGUUUUUACUGAUUAAAGAUCUUUCAUCUUAA